AUGAUGGAGCACGAUCCAAAGCUUCCUGCAUAUUCCACGGGUGAUCCCAAUUCGUUUGCUUACUCUACAGCGCGGGAACGGUGGCCGAUCAUCCUCACUCAAGCAAUUGAUGAUGUCUAUCGCACUGUAGCCAACUGUGACGAUGCCGCUCAGCGCGAUGAAGGCAAAAAGAUUGUAGCUGAGCUUGCCCAACUCAAGUACGAGGUUCAGCACGACCGCGCUCUUACUCCAAUUCGAGAUGAUGGGUAUCCAGAUGUUGCUAUCUACAAUAAGGAGCUUGAACAGCUUGGGCCAUUAACGUGGUUAAGGGCCCCUUGGCUGUUCACCGAGUGCUACCUCUUCCGGCGAAUGAGUACCUACUUCACUCUUUCUCAGCGUUGGAAGAACUAUGAUGUAUUUGCCCGACAAAAGAUCAAGACCUUCCGGUCCUCGCGUCCGGCCGUUCUCGAGCUCGCAGCCCGCUACAAGGAACUUAUUACACAGAUGCGCACCAAUAGUGAACAUAACCCUGAGGCUGAGAAGCUUAUUUUCAUGGAAAUGUGCGAGGUUUGCCUUUGGGGUAACGCGACUGACCUCUCACUCCUGACUUCUCUCACUUACGAGGACAUCCAAAAGCUUCAAGGCUCUGAGGCUCGCCGCAAGGCUGAGAAAAACGUUCUUGUCAACGAGCUUCCAGCCGUUUAUGCUCACCUCCUUGCGGCCAAGAACGAUCCGGCCAAGGCACAUCGUGACCGUCGCGUGGAUAUUGUCCUCGACAACGCGGGAUUCGAGCUAUACGUUGACUUGAUCUUGGCGGGUUACUUGCUGUCAGCAGGACUGGCUACAACGGUCGUCCUUCACCCCAAGUCGAUCCCAUGGUUCGUGUCGGACGUGCUGCCUAGCGAUUUUGCAGUACUAUUGAACGCACUGGCAAAUCCGCGUAGUUUUUAUGAAACUCCAUCUGAAGACGAUUUGCUGCAAAAUAAGCAGCCAGAAACGCUGCGAGAUAAGGAGAUUGAAGAGCUCGAGUUCCUAUUUAGUGAGUGGAGCAAGUUCCAUGCCGAGGGAAUGUUGGUUUUGAGGCCAAAUCGCGUGUGGACAGGUCCAGGUUGUUUUUGGAGGUUGCCUGCUGAAGCUCCCAACGUUGUUGAGGAUUUCAAAGAGUCAGAGCUUGUUAUCUUCAAGGGCGACUUGAACUAUCGGAAACUGGUGGGGGAUGUCAGCUGGGAUCCAACGACUCCGUUCACAGAGGCUCUUGGUCCUCUUGGCCCCGCAUCGGGGAUUAAUGUGCUGGCGCUGAGAACUUGUAAAGCGGAUGUUGUGGUUGGACUACAACCAGGAAAAGAUGAGGAGCUGAAGCAGAUGGAGGGAGGAGGUGGCACUUCGGGGGCUAGGAAAUGGGCAUGGAACGGCAAGUGGGCUGUCAUGUCGUUCUCGAAAGGAUCUUGA